CAGGACCAAAAUGUAAAACAGAUUGACGUCUAAAACCAAUCAGUGGAAUACGAUAUAACUGUUUUAAUUCGUGUAUCAGACCACAAGUGUUCAUUUUGGAUAUUUUGAAAUUCGUUUCAAGAUGCAGAUGAAAGUGCUUUUAGUGUGUUUCGUCAUUGGGAUGUGUUCUGCGGACAAGUUCCCUGUCCCUACAAGGUAUAACACAUGGGUUGCAGGAACCAACAAUUGUUCGUGUUCCAACCAGAUUGAAACAUUAAACAAAGAUUUACAGAAAGAAGUUGCUGCCAGACAAGAGCUAAAGGGAACAAUGGAAACCUACGUAUCGGAGCUGCAAGCUCUUCGAGCUAUUGUGAAUUCCAUCCAAAACGGAACCAAGGACGUAAAAAGAGUAUCGUCAACACCUUUACAAGCUAAAAUAACACCAGAAGUUUCUUUUUCUGCUAAACUCAGUUACAACCGAGAGUUACAGCCACUGGAUACUGUCAUCUUCGAUACGAUUGUGACCAACAAUGGUGACGGUUACAGCUCAGAGACCGGUAAAUUUACCACACCUGUCACCGGUACCUACUUCCUCUUCUCCACCAUUUUGUCUGGUUACAACACAAAAGUAGAAACCGCCAUUAUUGUUAACGAUAAAGAAGUUGGCAGAAUGUACUCGGGAGCCCAUGACGCUCACGGGUCUGGAAGCAAUGGCGUCAUCGUCAAUCUUCAAGCUGGAGACAGCAUCUGGAUUCGACUGCUUUACCAAGGAGGAACCCACGUUCAUGGUUUUUACACAACCUUUUCGGGUUUCUUGGUGAACGAGAGAAGUACCUAAACAAACUAAACCAAGAAUUAGUGACACUUUAUCUUUCGCGUGUAUAUUUUAUUUUAGAACUUCUUCAUUUUCACGUUAUUCAUAACACAUUAAAAUAACAUUCUAAUUAAGUUUAAUCUUCCACAUUCUUAUUCAACAUUUCUUCAUUAAAUUUUAAAGCUAUGUAUUAAUUUAUUCCCUAACGGCUAUUAAAACGUCUUAUUUCGUUGUAUUCUGUUUCGUAUAGCGAAGUUGGCAAUAAAAAUGUAUUUUUCAA